ACCUUGGGUUUGUUUCGCCAGCUCCGCUUCUGCACAUGGCCUAUUCUGGCACCGGUUCAGUUCGACUCCAACAGUGCGCCAUUUCAUGGGGCAUCGAGAAGCGAUGCAGCAGUGUAAUUUCCCAGCCGUGGAGGAUCUGCAGCCUGGCUCGUGCAGUUAUUUCUCCAAUGGGAAUUUUAGUGUCCAAGCCACCAACAGAGCGCCAACGACUGGCACGGCGUGUUUCAAAACGCAAUCCGUGCGUUCACAUGCCUCCAGCCAACCCAGCAACCCAACAAGUCACGACACCGCCAUUCUUUACGUCCAAAUUAGCGUGUUACGCUUCCUUUCCACCUUGCACCAGAAUUUCUUUGCUAUCAGGUUUCGACUCAUCUAUCUCACUUUCUUUGCUCCAGUUCACACCGAUCACGAAGGCCAUUCUUCUUUGACGGUUUAUUCAUCACGAAGAGAAAGUGGACCAAUUUUAACCGUAAUGUGUUCAUUAGUAGUCAUUAGUAGAUACUACCUUGUGCGCCACACCCUUACAUUUUCCCACGACACACAUAGCAUUGGCCAGAGGCAUCGCUCCUUACCCUCCCAGGCCUUUCUCCUUGUCUAUCAUACUUAAGACCGGGUUUUGCGUAGACAUGCACGGACACAGCAAAGCCCGGAGGCAUAGUUCACUUGGAAGCACCAAUUUUCUUUUUUCUUCAUUUGGGUAUUUCUCUUUUUUGCGGAGGAGACGAAAUGCAAGGCAUUUGUUC